AUGGCAAUCAUAGGAGCAAGAGGGGGAGGAGCAGGGCGAGCAGCUGGAGCGGCAGAGGGACGGUCGGAGACACAGAGGGGGAGUCCCACUGGUGGCAACCCUGGUGAGGACACGGACGAAGGGGCGAGAGGAGGGGGAGGGGAAGGGGGAGGCGGAGGCGGAGGCGGAGGCGGAGGGGGGACGGUAACGCGCGGGUCGGACAUGCACCUGGCUGCGCGGAGCCUGGAGCAGGCCGUGCCGUUCGCGUUCCUGCUGCUCUUCGUGCAAGUCCGGCAGCACCUGAUUGGUGAGUGGGGAGUGAGGCAGCACCUGAUUGGUGAGUGGGGAGUGAGGCAGCACCUGAUUGGUGAGUGGGGAGUGAGGCAGCACCUGAUUGGUGAGUGGGGAGUGAGGCAGCACCUGAUUGGUGAGUGGGGAGUGAGGCAGCACCUGAUUGGUGAGUGGGGAGUGAGGCAGCACCUGAUUGGCUUCUGCACCGUCGUGUGGCUGACAGCGACGCUCUUCAAGGCCAACGACUUCAUCCGCAAACAGGGCGCACUCAAGGCGGACCGCAAUCCGGUGCUGCUGGCACUGGCAGCUGUGCUGCUGCUUGCACACGUGGCAGUUGUUAAUUGGCUCUUCUGGCCCGAGCAGCUGUGGAGACCGCUUCUGCUCAUACCGCCUGCUGAAGUGCCCCCUUUCUGGCAUGCUCUCUUCAUUAUAGUCACAAAUGACGUGCUGGUGCGCUUCAUGGCCAUGGCAGUGAAGUGUGGCAUCCUCGUUGCUCACCGCCGCAGCAAGGGGAUGCACAAUCGCCACCAGGCGCAGGUCCUAACCCUAGUGGAGUACACGUCGCUCCUCUACCGUGCCUGGGUGCCGGCACCCAUGUGGUUUCUUGCCAGCCUAUGGCCGACUCACCGCCUCCCUCACCGCCUCCCUCACCGCCUCACUCCUUCCUCUCCCCUCUCCUCUCUCCCCCACCAGGCGCAGGUCCUAACCCUAGUCCUAACCCUAGUGGAGUACACGUCGCUCCUCUACCGGGCCUGGGUGCCGGCACCUGUGUGGUUCCAGUUCUUUCUCAACGACCAGGCAUACGGCCGCCUCACCGCCUCCCUCACUGCAGGGCUCUACCUCGCGUUCAAGCUCUCCACCUCGCUCGACAGGGUGCUCCUCUUUGUGUCCGCUGUUCGCCAAGCGGUUGGGAAAGGCGAGCAGUAUGGGACCGAGGCCACGCCUGACGAGCAGAGUACACAUGGCCAUUCUAGGGGAGGGGACGAAUGGCCAUGUGGUGGACUCUGCUUGCAGGCAGAGGAGACAGCAGAGCGAUGUGGCUCCAGGUGGCAGCAGCCGGCAACAUGUGUGCCAUCUGCCAGGAGCACAUGA